AUGGAGGACCGAAGAGAACCCACUCCCCCACCAGCUGGACCAUCAAGCUCUUCUGGUCGUGUCAAUCUCCCUCCGCUCAAGAACAUUGUCGACACGAUCCCGUCUUUCCGACCCCAGCCAACACCCAGUUCCAGUGGCACUCGACACGUCAAGAGCGCCACUCUCGAGUUUGUGUCUGGCAAUCAGCAGCAUCAUGUCUAUCAGCGACCUGGACGCCCGCCGCCGCCGCCGUUAGGUUCCGACGAGUCUAGCAAUUCUACGGGGGGCGGCUCGCUCAAUAGGCUUUUCGCGCCCCCGCCGUCUCAGGCGUUUGUCUCAGCGUCACGCCCGCGAGGGGCCUCGCCACCACGACCGCAUUAUGGCUCAGCGCCCGGACAAGCUUACUCUGGACGAGGCGGACAGCAGACGGCCGUCGAUUCCAGACUGGACCAUCAGCUUCAGCACCAGCACCAGAAUCGACGCCACCAUCACGGACGCCAAUCUCAAUCGCAGCAACAAAUCCUUCCCCGCUCAUCGCCAUCAGCUGUCCAGAUGCAGACUCAAAUGGCAAUGUCCCAUGGGAGAUCUCCGAGUACUGAAUUCCGCCGUUCGCAAUCUCCCGAAAAUCACCACACAACGCGUUACUCUCACCCAAGCAGCGUCGGAGCUGGUCUUCAUCCCUAUGAAAGAUAUCCAUCCACGUCUGCGUCCCGCGGUGAGGGUCCGUCUUCGAACAGAGGGUACCACCAGCACAACGCCGACCAUCUCACACCAGGUGGAGGUCAUCAGCCUAUCAACGACGAUCCACAUCCUCACCUGGCGCCCUCCUCUUCAAUCAUUCAAUCGAGAAAUUUGGAUCUCGGCCGAGCCGGUCCCAGCUCUCAACAGCCAUUCUAUCUACACCCAACCACUGAACGCGUGUUGCCCGCGCGUGGAACGGGUGCCCAUGCGCUCGACCAACAGCAGCAGACCGGUGCUUCUCAUCAAGCUUAUCCAGACACACAUCGACAUGCUCAACGCCAGGAGCACGGGCCUUAUCAAGCGCCAACGCCACCGUGGACGCGGCAAGAUUUUCAGACACGCGGCGAGAGCUCAUCCUCUUUUGAUGCCGGAGGUGCUCGAUCUCGUCAGACAUCCACUGCCAGUGCGUUCCCUCCAUUCCAGCAGCCACAGCAGCAACAGCAACAGCAACAGCAACAGCAACAGCAACAGCAACAGCAGCCACCACCUCCACCAGCAGCAAGAGAGCCGGUCCCCGAGAGGACAUUUACGUAUGAAGACGCAUACAAUUUUGUGCCCACGGCAAGUACCGCCACGCAUGGUUGGGGAACACCGGUUUCCUCGUCUACACCCUCCACCGAUGCAACAAACCGUGUGGGUGCCGGUGAUCGCGCAGGAGGUUAUACGGCCACUGGAGGUUAUCGACAGCCACUUCCGCAGGCGCCUGGAGAGGAAUAUCCCGCGUCCAAGCGACGGCGGACAGACUCAUCGAGAGAGAUUGGAUCUCGUCUUUUGCUUGCCGGCUCCUCGGCCAUGGAUCACGCACCAGCGCCACCCGCGGGACCGGCACCUCUUUCUGUCCCUCGACCGUCAGAAUCCAUGGAAAUUUCGCAUGCAGAGGCAGGAUCGUCGCAUUCGUCGCCUAUACAGGCCGUUGCGGCCCUCAGAAGGCUCGUCCGUCACCGGUCAAAAGACCAGUUACCUCAAGCACUUCACGAAUUGACCAACGAGGCGCAACGCGCGAUUCAGGAAGGCAGAGGGAUCCAGAAAAUACAGGAAUUUUCGCUCGUCGUCACUGAAUUUGCUGCGAUUUGUGCACGCAAUAAAGGUGUCCUUACUCCAACCGCGGAAGAAAUGGAAGAGAUAUCUCACAGGACGGCACUCAUUUACCAAAUGGCGACCGAUAUAUCCAUGCGCGCAAAGGCAAAGAAGAGGCUGAAGGAAGAAAGUGCAGCACUACGUCCGUCACUCGGAACGCAGCUGCCAAUACAGGCACCCGUCGAUAGGAAACCCUUGACAAAGGAGCAGAGGCGGGCUCUCGAGGACAUGGAGCGCAUUCGCCAGAAGCGUUCUUCUGCACAGAAAGGAAUCAAGAGCAAAUAUAUGAAGCGCAAUAAGAAGACGCAGCCUCCAAAGAAGUGCUCCUCGUGUGGGAUCAAAGAAACUCCAGAAUGGAGAAAAGGUCCCGACGGCCCACGAACCUUGUGCAACGCGUGUGGCCUUCACUAUGCCAAGCUAAUGCGGAACCGCGCAUCGGGUAACGAGGGUAAAUGGGUUGGCCCUGGCAGUGCCCCUCCUAUCGACAUUGUCACGCUCCGGCAAGUGACUGGUGUAGGCGUUCAGCCACAACCCCAGGUCAAUGCAGCAUCCGGUGAAUUUGAAAUCCCAGGAAUCUACACCAAUAUCCCUGCAGAUCGCUUGCUUAGCGGUCAGUAUAUUCCUCGUAAUCCUUGGGGGACAAGCCCACCAAUCCAGACAGCCAGUUCAAGCGCCGCCCUCGAAGUUGUAGAUCGUCAGCAGAAACGCAGAGACUCAGAUGAUGAAGAGGAAGAGGGCGAAGAUGAUCAACCGGCAGCGUCGACCUCCAAGCUCCCAGGGGAGCCUCACAGGGAGAUGGUCGAAGUCGAAGGACAGCAUUCCGCCAUCAUCCCCUCUUUGGGCGGGUCAGCCAAAUCUCAACCGAUUCCUGUUCAGACAUCUGGUAGCGGCAAGAAGCGCAAGGCGCAAGAAGAAGAAGACGAGCUCGAUGCAGACGAAGGCCCUACAUUCACCGUCAAGCGUGCACGCAAGAAUUCCCUUGACGUCAUGGUUCCAGACUCGCAAGCCACAGAGCCGCCAAUGUCGCCGCUGGAAAGUAGAACCCCUGUCGGCCAUGGUACGUCGCACGAGCGAGGCCUACCUACGGAUGCAGCAAACUUUACAUGGAAACGAGCAUUCUGA